AUGCCACGGAGCGUCAGAGACAGGCUUCAUGAUCAGUUCUCUAGAUUGGAGCAGGGAUCUAUGACCGUUUCAGAGUAUGAGGCGAGGUUCCAUGAGUUGUCUCGCCAUACUACUAUGAUCCUGCCCACAGAGGGAGAGAGAGUUCGUUGUUUUGUACGUGGGUUGCGAUACCAUUUGAGGGUUGACACAGAUCAUAUGGUUUCAGCUGGCCGUUCUUUUCUUGAUGUGGUCGAUCAUGCCCGAUCCAUGGAGCAUAUUCAUCGUGAGGCCCAAGGGGGCAGCGAUAAGAGGGCACGCUACCAGGGCAGCUAUAGCGAGUCAGAAUGCCCCCGGCGAGGUCGGGGGGUGAUUGUACAAGCUCCACCUACUUCUAAACCAGUUUCAGCCGUGUCUUCUUCGGCUAGAGGAGGUGGUCAGAUUCAAAACCGUCGAGAGAGUCGACAGGUUACCAGGGGUGGAGCUCGGGGAGGCAGGUCAGGUGGUAGACCGGGUGCACCAGGUAGAGGUGCUCAGGGACAUUUCUACGCUGCCCUGACAAGGGCGGCUGCUGAGGCAUCUGAUGAUGUCAUCUCAGGUACGCUCUUCUUGUGCCAUCAGCCUGCUACAGUAUUAUUGGAUCCAGGGUCCACAUUUUCUUAUGUAUCUAUUUAUUUUGCUCUCCGAUUGGGUAUGAGGUACGAGUCUUUGGAAGAACCGGUUCAUGUUUCGACCCCGAUAGGUGAGUUCUUAGUAGUGGAUCAAGUAUUGCGAUCUUGCUUAGUGACCAUCCAGGGUUAUGAUACUAGAGCUGAUCUUAUUAUGCUAGAUAUGAUUGAUUUUGAUGUGAUUUUGGGCAUGGACUGGUUAUCCCCAUAUCAUGCGGUCUUGGAUUGCUAUGCCAAGACUGUUACCUUAUCCAUGCCUGGUGUUCCCCUGGUAUUGUGGCAGGCUGCUUAUAGUCACACACCGACGCGGAUAAUCUUUUUUAUUUGA